UACUGGCGUUACACGAUUGGAUUUACACUCACCACUCCACUCCACGCUCCUCGGUUCCCCCUCUGCGGAGAAGACAGAUAGCAGCGCCGCCGACCUCGCUUUCUUCCCCGCCCCGCCCCGCCCCGCCGUUGGAGAAGCUGGGGCAGCCACGUCCACCGGCUGCCGCGGCACCUCCAAGGCUUUCGCUCGCUCGCAUCUGGAGUGGAGAGGGCUGGAGGGGAUACAUUCAGCUUCAGCCGGUGCCUCAUCUCUUCCCCUUGCAUUAUUGGGCAGUGCUGCUGUUGAGACCUGAAUAAGCAUGUUGGUCAAACGGAGCAUCUUCGCUUCCUGCCCCCUCGAUGCUUUUUGCCCGUUCAUCAUAGUGCUGUUGGCGGCUGCGUACAUCCAUGUGCCAGCCACUGCUAUUGUUGCUGUUCCAAGUUCUCAUUGUUAUACAUUCGACAGUGAUAGCCACCUUGUUGACUUCACACACCUGGCCGGGAAGAAUUUUGAAUACAAUGAGGAGGGCUCAGUAACUUCUGACUUGGUUGUCCAGUUAUGCAAAGAUGUGCAGAGAAGGUCUCAGGCGGGUGGUUUCAUUGAUUUUGGCCGCUUUACAAAUCAUCGCUCUUUUGAGACUGGUUCAAAGCUGGUUGACUACAUCCAGAGAUUUCACAAUGGUGAUUUAGCGAAAUGUGAAACUACGUUUGAAGAGAUGGGCCGUACUGCACAGGUCAACAUUAUGUGUGGACGAUGCUCAAAUAAAGUAUGCAAAGAUGAACAUGGAUGCAUUUGCAGAGUAUCCUAUGAUGAAAGGAUGUGCAGGACGGUUGUUGAGCUAGCCAUUCCUUGUCCUAAAAGAGGCCCAAGAGUUUUUAAGGGUUUCACUGUGGGCUUCCACCCCCGGUCAUCCGAAGUGGUUUACAAUGGAUUGACUCAACUGGGAUUCGAACAACUUCAUCAUGGGUUUAGCUUUCCAAGUGAGCAGAUUCACGUGUCUUUAUAUCUUAGCGCCAUGUCUUCUCUCGCAGACCUAGUUGGAAAACCUACCAUCAGGGUUAAUCCGAUGAAAGGGCUUGAUGUUAUGCUUACAGGAUCAGGGGCCAAUGGCGCCGUGCCUACUGCCCUGUCUCCAACAGUUCUGAAUGUGAAUUGGAUAUGUGAAAUCAUUCGAAGCAAUCCAUAUGUGGUGAAUGUUUCAAUCCCAGUGGUGGGCUACGAUCCAAUCGAAUUCACGCUUACCAAAGAAUGUGGUUACACACAAGAAAAAGAGAGUGAUUCUAUGAGAGGGUGGGCAACAUUUGGAAUCAUUUCUUGCAUAUUCAUUGUCUUUUCGAGCCUACUUUGUUGUGGGGGGUUCAUCUACAAAAGUCAUGUGGAGCAUCAGGAUGGUUUACAUGCACUGCCUGGGAUGACUACCGUGUCUGCCUUUCUGGAUGCUGUUGGAAGACCAAGAGGCUACCUAAGAGCAGGUGAUCCUAGUGGAAAUCAUUCAAGCCAAGCAUCGUGGGAGAACACUUCUGUUACCACACCAGCAGCACAGAGGACAAAUGAUGGAAGAUAUGGGAGAAUAUGAGCCAUGCUUAGUUUUGUGGAAUUUGUCUUGUAGAAUGAUGGUAUCGGCUGCACCUACUCCAAAUGAUCCUUGGUCGAUGGGACAAGCGGAAGGAAAAGGGCAUCAAGUAAUUUUGAGGAGACCUCCAUUGAAUUGCAUGGCAAUAUAUGCCAAAGGAGCACGUAGUAAAUUGUUAAUGUUAUCAUGUGCGUGCAUGUCACCUCAGCCAGGACGAGGCUAGGAAUUGAGGUUAGGUAAGGCCUGGACUUGCAUUGACGUGCUGAUACCACGACAUGUGGGGGUUAGUACUACUAGUAGAACUGUAGAAGAAACAAGCCGUGUCUGACUGUCCGGCAUUAAAGGGCGCGCCGGAAAUUCUGGUUACACUGGCCGGCGUGAGCUCUGCCCUGCCUGCUUCCGAUGGCGCAGCUUCUUGGGAGAGUUAAGUGCAAGAAAUCACAAACGAGAACUGCUACACGUACGACUAAUUUCGUACUAUGUACGUACGACAGUGGUCAGCAGCCGUUCGAUCAGUAGGACGAGCGAGAUCAUGUCGUACGAAAAUCGUACGCACUGUUCAUCGUAUGCACAGCAAUUUCGAUCACAAAGUAGAGAGUUGUAGAGUGAUGAUCUGCUCCACCUAGUUUAUCUUAAUUGCUUACUUUGUUAU